AUGCUCAAGUCACUUCUUUUCGGCCUCUUCGGCCUUGCCGCUGCAGCCGCUGCGGCCCCCCAGAGACGUGCGACUGGCUCAACCAUCUACGUCUAUGGCACAGGCAUCAAAGGCCUGCCCAUGCAGGCAACCAGCAAUGGAACUGUCUUUGUUACCGAUGAUACUUCGCCCGGACUCUACAAUGUCUCCCUCAAUGUUGCUGAUAGCUCGACGCCGUGGACUUCCACCCUCGCCAACAAGUCCGCGACCUUGUCGGGCUAUUCGUUUUACAUCAUUCCUGCUGAAAACUCCUUCGCCGCCAUCGGCUUCGUUCGGCCCGAUGCAACUGCUCCUACCGGUGCCGUGACGACCGGUUUCGCGCUCCUUGGCACUAACAUCCAAUACGCCGAUGGCGACACUUACAUCUCUCAGUUCUGGGCGCGGCCGUCCAACUCGACUGCGUGGGAGAUUCUCUGGAACUCCAGCGGUGACAGCCAUAGUGACAGCAUCCCUGUGACCCUCAAGCUCACAGCACCCACUGUUGUGGAGCGUGACUAG